UAUCUAUUUACCUUGGCCUGUGAGUGUUGAAUUGCUUCUCUCUUUUUUGUAUCUUCCCUAUAAUGUGCUGUUUAGAUUACAGUGGUACCUUGGGUUACAAACACAUCAGGUUACAGACUCUGCUAACCUGGAAGUAGUACCUUGGGUUAAGAACUUUACCUCAGGAUGAGAACAGAAAUUGCAUGGUGGCAGUGCGGUAGCAGUGGGAGGCCCCAUUAGGUAAAAUGGUACCUCAGGUUAAGAAUGGUUUUAUGUUAAGAACAGACCUCCGGAAUGAAUUAAGUUCAUAACCAGAGGUACCACUGUAUUGACUUUGGGGUUAUUGGUGCGUGAUUGUUUUUUGUGUUUAUAUGUUGUAACCUAACCUGGGACCUUCCAGUUAAGGGCAGGUAAGAAAUUAUUCUUACCCUAACUACAUUAACUUACACGACGACAGCUACUAUUAAUUCUAUUAUGUCAUCACAGAAAUAGAACACUGUAUCUGUUUCCUUUCCCUCUAAUGGAGGAAAAUAUUCCAGGAUCCUGAUUACCAGGAAGCAAAGCUGCUUUCCUUCACCCUAGUUGAGAAGCAUUAUUAGUGUGCAAGGAAGAGAUCAAUUCAAGGCAGGAACAUACACACACCCUUUCCCACCCCAUCACUGUUGGAAGAUUUUGCAGCAGAUGCUUCCCAAUGAUAAGUACUUUGAUUAUAGCAAAGUAGAUGUUCCCUGUGAACAUUCAGUGACAGUACAUAAUGGUAUAUCUGUCUGUGGAAGCAUAGCCUAUCCCGGGAAAAUUACCCCUCUUAGAUGGUUGCUGUCAACAACAGGUGCACCCUAUUUCCUCUGAGUAUAGUUAAACUCCCACCGUAGGCUAGACAAACCCAAUAUAGGAUUGUGGCAUUAAAUCAUUUUCUUUGGAUUAAACAUAAGACAGAUCUAUUUGCUGGUAAUAGUAGCAUGGGAGGGACAGUUUAUUAGGUACAUCUCCCUACAAUGCAGUACUAUGACAGCUAGGGCUGCCAGAUAUCCUUUAUUUAAGGCAUUCCUCUAAUUUUGAAUCACAUUUACUUUUUCAGUCUUAGAUGCACACCACACCACACCAUAGCAGUAAGGUUUUUGACAUCUUGAUCUGGCAGCUGAUCUGAUUUUUGGAGAAGCUGUACCUAAUGAAAUUAUCUUUUCUCUUGGUUAUCAAAGACAUGGGAAUGCUGCCUUGUCCUGAAUUGUGUAACCCUAUUAUUUUUACAAAGAACUCUUAAAAUACUAAGCAUGGAAAAAGAAGAUCAAACCUAUCCAUUCUGAUGAAAAUCAGCCCCAAGUGCUCACUGGAAGGACAGAUCAUGAAGCUGAGGCUCCAAUACUUUGGCCACCUCAUGAGAAGAGUUAGUCUCAAAUGGUUAAAUGAACACUAAUCUUAAUAAACUGCAGUUGUAAAGAAACAAUAAAAAUGCAAGAAGCUUGAUGGUGCUCCAGUUUUAUAUGCCACCUUUUAAAUAGUUCUCUGCCAUUCUUGCACUUUGCUUCAUUUCCCCAAAGCCCAAGGUGGCUGGCCUAUUCACAGGCUAGCCCUAUGCUUGCUUUGUCCAAUGUGCUCAAUGUGGCUUACUCCAAAAUAACUGCACAUACAAAACACAUCCCACCCAAAGAACCCUAGAGACUGCAGUUUGCAUCUCACAGAGCAACAAUUCCCAACACCCUUAGAAAACUACAGAUACCAGGAUUAUUUGGGUCUGGGGAUAUGCUGUGAAGGUAUGGUAAUUAUGGAGCCUUAGCAGCAUGACCUUAUGCCAGGAAAUGAUCGGCCCUGUUUUCUGAUCAUUAAAACUCUUCCUACCUCACUUCAUUGAAGUGAGGCAGCCUUCAAAAGAGUUAUCUUUAAUAAACAAGGACAAAUUACGUAACACCAUAAACCUGGAAUCAAGCUGUCCAUAAUGUAAAAGGGAAGGAACAUUUGUUUGUGGCUUGGGACCCCCGUACCUACAGGACCGCCUCUCCUAGUAUGCCCCGCGGAGGACCUUAAGGUCUACAAAUAACAAUAUCAAGGAGAUCCCAAGCCAUAAGGUGGCUAGAUUGGCCUCAACUACGGCCAGGGCCUUUUCAGUAUUGGCCCCGACUUGGUGGAAUGUGCUCUCACAGGAGGCCAAGGGCCCUGUGGGAUUUGACAUCUUUCAGCAGGGUCUACAAGACGGAGCUGUUCCUCCUGGCCUUUGGGCUGGACUCAGUCUGACCACUAUGUUUUUCCUCCCUUAUGGUUUUGAUUUGGGCCAUUUUAAAAUGAGGCUGCAUUUAAUUUUUUUAUAAAAAUCUGGAUUGUAUUUUAACCCGCAUUUUAAUCAAUUGUUUUUCUUUCUUUUACGUUUUGUUGUGAUCUUGUUGAUGUCAACCGCCCUGAGCCUGGCUUUCGCUGGGGAGGGCGAGGUAUAAAUAAAAAUUUGUUAUUAUUAUUAUUGGAAUUAGGAGGAGAAAGGAACUAGGCAGGCAAGAGCUUACAAAGAUACUGUGAUGGUAGAAAUUGCAAUUAUGGGACAAAUGGACUUUUCAAGGAGCAGAUGCAGUCUCCUUAGGAAGGAAAGUUUGCCUUUGUUCAUUUACUAGAGGGGUUCAAAUUGGGCGGGUAACGCCAGCCUCUUUUCUCUGUUAUGAGGAAUUGCCCCCCCCCCCAACUUGGUGCUGAUGCUUUGCUAGGGGUAAUUCAAAAUGUACAUAUAUUUAAAUGAAUUUCCAUGCAAAUGAGCAAUGACAGCUUCCCCCAUCACCCCCACAAGAGGUGGUAACAUUAUUUGCACAUGUUAAUUAAUUUAAAUGCAUGCACAUUUAAAAAAAGCAUUGCAUAGAGUAGAUGCUGAACUACAAAACCAAAGUAAAGUGAUGGGGGUUGGGUGGGCAGUUCUGGCCAAUGCAAGUCAGUGUUGGCCCAGGACAGUUUGCUGUUUGCACUGUCUUCAAGGGCCAACUUUUAAAAACAAAAACUGCCGCCCUUCAGACACCUAGUUAUGCCUUUAUUUCUCCCACUUCUGCCCCACUUCCUUUCCAUGCUAGGGCUAGCCCUGGUUUAAGUCUAACUUGUUGUAAAAUCCUGAUUUCUAUUUUAUUUUACCAAUAUGCAUUUUCCCUGCAUCUUGUAGAAGUAGUGCCUGUUUUCAAAGUUGUGAAGGGCACAGAAUCUACCAUGAGGUCUUUGACCACAAUCCAAACCAGAGCUCUGUGUGUUAAAUAAUUUGAAAUUGGUGGGCUUAAGGGCGCUGAACUUCAGGUUUGAAUGUGCCCACUGUCUACACCUCACUUAAAAGUAUCUUGAAAGUGCAUUGUGUUUUGUAUUGGGUAAGCCUAUAGACAGAAAUAUAUUAUCAGAAAAUCAAGCAUAGUUGCUUCCUGACCGCUCUGUAUAUUCAAGCAAAUUAGCAUAACUGAUUGGUUGUGUGUCUUUUCCUCCCUAUUAACAGCUACACAAAGCACACAGCUAGUCUAAUUUAGCACAGCACCUAAAAUGGCAUUGUACAUUGGUUAAGAAUAUAAGCCAUUUGCUGGAGAUCCCUGGUUGAAAUCUCAUGAACUGAACCAAACCAUUGCAUUCUAGCCCCAGCCCAGCCUCCUAUCUGAAUUCCCAGGAUAAUAGUCCCUUGCAGGGCUUUUGUUAGAAUUCCAUGGAGAGGGUGUAUUUGAGUACGGAAGACAAGAGCUGCAUUAUAGCUUCUACUAUUAAUAACAGGUUUGUGGUAAGGCAGUGAUGUGACUUCAGGUAGGAACUAAAUAGAUUCAAGCAACUGAACCAAUUCACACAACCUCUUUGUUGCAUUUGGACUGAAACCCUAAACACGCAUACGGUAGGACUGACUUCUGAGUAAAUAGGAAUAGGCUUGCACUGAACAAGUAUUGCAAAGAAUCAGUGGUGAGGUCUGGGGAUCCUGGAGGCAAGGUCAGAGGUUGGCAUGGUUGGGCCCCUGCUGAGGCCUGGGAUUCCACUGCUGAGUGCCUAUUGGCCCUGCUGCCACACCUGUUCGCCAUUGCUGCCUGCUCAUCUACCAUCUAGUAAGUGUGUGGCGACAUCAUCAAUAAUAAGAGAGCAGCAGCUUCACUCUGGCAAGCAAAUAAGCAAUGGGCAGCAAUGGCAGGAAAGAGGAGGAUGGGCACUAACUCUCUCUCACACACCCACCCACCCCAUAGGAAGCAACAAUUAGCACCACAGACCUUGAGCUGUGGCUGUUAUUAGUGACUAGAAUUGGAGCAAGGCAAGGGAUGCACUGUAGCUUAGUGGUGACGUACCUGCUUUACAUGUAGACAGCCCCAGUUUCAAUCCCUGGCACCUCCAGGUAGAGACGGGAGUGUCCUCAUUUCAAACACUGGAGAGCCCACUGCCAGUCUGUGUAGACAACGCUGAGCUAGAUGGACCAAUGAUCUGACUCUGUAUACAGCAACUUCCUAUGUUUAUAUGAUGGGAGAUGAGGAACAGCAUGUUUUCCAGGAACCCUGAGGCUCAAUACCCUCCCUCCCUUUGCUGGUAGCUGCAAACGACUGCAAUCCCACCUGGAUUUGAUUAUUAGUUUAGACAUUAAAGGCUGGUAACUAUUUUUAAGAAAACCCACCUGUGCUAGCCUUUUCUUAAUUAAAGUGUGUCCUAGGUUUAAUCCCCAGCAUUUCAAAGUAGGGUUGGGAGAGUCCCCUGUCUGAAAUCCAGGAAGGCUACUGCCAGUUGGUGUAGACAGACCUGAGGUUGAUGGACCAGUGAGUCUGAUUUGGUACAAGGCAGCUUCCUUUGUUCCUAUACCAGGAACAUGGUCAACACCUUCACCCAUUUUUAAAAGCAGACGCAGCAUCUGUACAAAUCCUCUUGUAAAGUGAGUAAAUUAAUGUCUUUAACGAGAUGUCUUUACCCGUUGAGCUGCUGCCAGCUGCUUUUUUUUUUUUAAACCCUCAUACUGGGGAAAAAAAACCCUAACAAAGUUCUAAAAAACUCUCAAGCUUUCUGUUUGUGGAGCAAAAGGAGGUGUGUGUUUCAACUAGAUUGCCAGCAUGUGGACUCCGAAAGAUCUUAUGAGCUUUGCACUUCCUGUGGAGGCAGGGCGAAGAACAAAGCCAGUGAAGGUGCCUUUUUCUUUUCCUUUUCUCCACUAUCUGCUAAAUUGUAGCCUCCAGCCUCCCCCCUGCCCUGCGACCUUUGGGGGGAGUAACAUGAAGUGUAAAGGAAUCCUCCUUGCCGCCAUCCUGCAGGCAUGGACCCCAAUUACAGAUGCCAAUGCACUAGGCCUGACAGAUCCAAGACUCUGCUACAUUCUGGAUGGGAUCCUCAUGAUUUAUGCUAUAAUCAUCACAGCCUGUUUUGUAAAAGUAAAGAUAAGCAAAGGCUCUCCUGAACCUCAAACUUCUCAGAAUUCAGAGGACCUAUAUAAUAGAUUGUCUCAUGGAACCAGAGAUGAAUAUGAAUCGCUGGGAGCGAAACAGGCAGAUGCUGACAUUGAAGUAGGGGGGAAAGCCCAGCACAGAAGAAAGAAACCUCAGGACAGAGUUUACAGUGCUCUACAGCGGGAUAAGAUGGGGGAAGCAUACAGCGAAAUUGGAAAGAAAGGAGAGAGACGACGUGGCAAAGGCAACGAAACAGUUUAUCAGGUAAGGCACAGCAAUAGCAAGCCUAUUUCCCUACAAACUUCAGGGUCACAAUCCUAUGGAAGCAAGUUGCACAAAAACAGCUCACACAGGAAUAUUGUUUGCCUUUGCUUUAAUUAAUGUACAUACAAAGGGCUGCUUGUGCAGUAUGCUUCUGGGAUACAUGCACCCUGUCAAAUUGGAUCACCUUGCUACAGUGGGAGAACAGAGCAAGUGCCCUGUUCCUCACUUUGAGCCACCUAAGAGAAUAUUUUUGCAUGCCCAGAGGUGUUAAUGCAGUCUGUGAAGGAACAAGACUACAGGCACUUCUAAGGGCAGUAUACAACUUUGCUUCCUCGCUUGAUCCAACAAACAAUGGACCAGUCACAUUCUUCUAAGCUGGACUUUUGUCUUGCUGAGUAUCAGCCUGUCACCUUUAUUUACUCUGGAUAGAAACCCAGAGUUGUUGGGUACUAAGUCCAUAUGCCCCUGCUGAAAAUAGCUCCCGGUAGUUAUAUUGAUUUAGUUAUAACUUUGAGUCAUCUCAUCUUUCUUUAUCAGGGUCUCAGCAAAGCAACGAAGGAUACAUACGAUGUCCUUCAAAUGCAGCCCCUACCACCACCUUACUAGCUACAGUACAGUUGAGUCUAGCAAGAGGAGAACUAUUUCCAUGGCGAGCGGGAAUCUUGAUUACCAUUCUCAAGAUGAUCUAUUCAGAAAUCUGUUGCCUUCUACAACAAAUGCCACUUUUACAUGAGCAUAAAAACCAAAGCUCCUUUUUAAAGCUAAUUUCAAAUUGCAGCUUUCAAAGUGUACAUAGCUGUAGAGCUUGGGCACUGUGUUGUUGCUCAAUUUAAAUUUAAGACCAGCUGUUGCGAUGGCUAUUUCAAAGUCAUUUUCUUUUCUAGGGAAAGAUGUUUUUUGAAGCUAAAUGUGCAUUAAUGUUGCUCAUGUGGAAGGGUUUUGUUCCAAAACAUCAGAUAAUUCUGAGCACCAACAGGUUAACUAUCCCCCUCUCUUGUUAUAGGUUUGGGUUUUUAUUUAUAAAUAGCAGUUGGGGUUUGGGGAGGAGAUAUUGCCUUGAAGGACCUUUUUAAACACUCUUUUGCCAAGAUACAAAAACAUGCACACAUUUAGAGUAAAGAAACCACCAUUGACCUUGGACUGAGUGCAGUGGGGUAAACUUUUGAGUAAACAUGCACUGCUAAAGUGAUUUAAUAUGAAAAUCGACAUACUGUCUGUGCCUGCCCAUACUUCUCAUGCAGUAUGUUCCCAUAGUUAAGAGAAUAGAAGUAGGUUGUUCUUCCACAGGACGUAUGGUUGGUUGAAAUGAGUAUUACAUUACCUCCUGUUUUAAAUGCUUCAAAUUCCUGUUAAGACAGAAUCCUGAUCAAACCUGUCAGGUGCUGCUGUCCUGGUUAAGUGAGCUUAAUACCAGUGGAGCAAGGGAAGAAUUAGCUGGGGAGAAUGUUUACACAGAAGGAAUGGCCAGUGGAUUUACUCCAUAGUGUGUUUAGAGUUGUAGCCUUAUUCCCACAUCCUAUUAUGCUUUUUCCCUAGGCAAAUGCCCAUUGUGAGAAUUUUAUACUUUGAAUCUAUUUACCUUACCUAGUUUCACAGAGGAUUUUUAUUCCUUCUGCCCAUCUUAUCAGACUGAUUGAUCCAAAAAGGGUUCACACACAUCUCUAUCAGCAGAAUGGAAGUGAGAGUCUGCUUGUCAGACCUCAUACCUGACUAAGGCAUACCUGCCAAGUCUCCCGCUGAAAAAUGCAGGAUCAGCAGCGGUGCGGCACCGGACGUUGCUUAGAAGCAACUUCCGGGGCCGCUCUUCCCAUGUGUGGGCACCGGAAAUCGGGCAGAGUGGU